AUGUCGUCGCCAAUGGGCCUUUCAUCCUCCGCCCCCGACUUACCUCAAGAAAUUCAAGAUCUCUGCAUUGAUGAACUCGCUUUCGACAAGGAUUUCAGGUCUCUCGCCGAAUCUCUUCGAUCCUGCCUUCUUGUUUCUCGAUCCUUUUAUCAACGUUCCCGACGUCAUCUAUGGUCAUCUGUCGACCUGGAACUCAAAGACGACGAGCGAUCCCGCCAAAAAGUGUCAAAACUGCUGGACCUCAUGGAUUAUGUGCCACCAGCAUACCCUCCUACUUUCACCGUCAUCGGAGCAUUCGUACUCGACACCGAUUCUCCGUCGCCUCUGGCCGCUGAGAGGGAAAGGAUAUUGGGCCAUCCCGCAUUGGCGAAAGCUCUCGUCAAGCUUCAUGAAUCGCCUCAUGGCCCAAGCUACUUUCGAUUUGCAGCUGGAGUGGACUGGAACAGCCUCUCGGAGGACCUGCAGACAUCAUUGCGCGUCGCUUUUCGUUCUCCCAAGUUAAUCCACCUCUGCCUCGAAGGUCUUCUGUUUCUCCCCAUUACAGUACUCGAUGGAUGUGUUAUGAAGAGCCUUGAAACCUACGGGUGUGGCCCUACGCUCUUCGAUCACGCAGCACCCGUCCGUCCCUCAAGCAACCCCAAGGAGUUCAUGGUCUCACCUCCACAGCUAAACACCAUGUGGACAGAUCAGACAUUCAUUCUACCAACUUCGAAAUCGAUGUCGCAUGCCUUCAAAUACCAGCAGUCGGACAAGCCUCCCCCAUCUCCCCUAGCGAGCCUUAAGAAUCUGCUUGUGUCUAUCAGAUCUCUUUCAUAUAGCAUCAUGGUACGAGACCUGCUCGAAGACGCAUCUCAUUCUCUCGAUUACCUGAAGCUGGAUUUCGACCCGCGUGUACCUAUUACUCCUUACGCUCCAGCAUUGGUACUUCUACACAAUCUGACGCAUCUCGCCAUCGAGCUUAUUCCAAUGAAGGACCCGAUAUCCUUGACCCCUUUCGUGGAGAUGCUGAAGCUAUCACUUCCCGACACGCUGCGCGAAAUGGAGCUGGGUAUCGCCUUCACCACAUCACGACCGUUCCAAGAUCGCCUCUCCUCGGAGAAGGAAGCAUGGAAGGGAAUCGAUUCUGUCCUUUCCCAAGAACGCUAUAAAGGUCUUCGAGAAUUUGAAGUCAGCCUCUUUGCUUAUCUCAGUCCCACGGACGUGGAGAGCGUCGACAAAGAGGGAUUUGAAGCAGAGGUCUACCCUCUUUUCGCGUCAGAGCUAUUGCCGACGCUCUUCAGCUCUAAAUACCUGAAGGCAAGCCUCUCUGCGCAAAUAGGCCAAGCCUGGUAA